AUGGUGCGUGUAAUUGUGAAAGGCGGAGUAUGGAAGAAUACGGAAGAUGAGAUUCUCAAGGCCGCCGUGAGCAAGUACGGCAAGAAUCAGUGGGCACGUAUCUCGUCGCUACUGGUGCGCAAGACGCCGAAGCAAUGCAAGGCGCGCUGGUACGAGUGGCUCGACCCCUCGAUUAAAAAAAUCGAAUGGUCCAAAGAGGAGGACGAGAAACUGCUGCACUUGGCAAAGCUGAUGCCAACACAGUGGCGCACAAUUGCUCCGAUAGUCGGGAGAACGGCGACACAGUGCUUGGAGCGUUAUCAGCAGCUGUUGGACGAUGCAGAGGCGCUCGACAACGACGGUCUGAACAUGGUCGGUCCCGGCGCCGAGGCCGCGCCGAGCGCAGACGACGUGCGCCGUUUGCGGCCUGGUGAGAUUGAUCCGGACCCCGAGACGAAGCCCGCACAGCCAGACCCUGUCGACAUGGACGAAGAGGAGAAGGAAAUGCUGUCCGAGGCGCGUGCGCGCCUCGCAAAUACCGAAGGCAAAAAGGCGAAGCGCAAGGCGCGUGAGCGUGCACUGGAAGAGGCGCGGCGCCUGGCAAUGCUGCAGAAACGGCGCGAGCUUCGCGUCGCGGGCAUUUUCUCGCGUGGCAAAGACAAGAAGCAAGGGAUGGAUUACAAUGUAGAGAUUCCGUUUGAAAAGAAGCCCGCUCUGGGCUUUUACAAUACCGCGGAAGAGGCUGCGCGCACAUACGAAGCGCCGCUUGGACGCACCAUCCGCGCGAUGGAGACGGGUGGCCGUCCUGAUCCCGAGACGGACAAGCGAAAACGCGACGAGCGGCGCGCGGCUAACGAGUCAAAACCACAGCGACACGAAGACGCGCUGCGAAAAAUGCGCGAGGCCGACCAGGUCUCGAAGCGCCGCAAGAUGAUGCUCCCGGAGGCACAGGUGAGCGAGCAAGAGCUCGAGCAGAUUGUCAAAUUGGGGCACGCGGGGCAGGAAGCGCGCGCACUUGUCGAGGCCGACGAAGGUGCAGCAACAGAGGGUCUCUUGAACGAAUAUCCCACGCUCGAUCGGCCCAGAGAAAUGCGGCCACCGACGGCAAACACUGACGCGAUUCUGCGCGAGGCAACGGCGCUGCGCAAGCGAACCGAGACGCAAACGCCGCUUUUGGGCGACCAAGUGGGGCCCAGCGUCGUCGAGAGCCACGUCUUGCAUACCCCUCGUACAGAUGCGAUGCCGACGCCGACGCCGCUGCGCGACUCGCUCGGGAUCAACACCGAGGUUCCCGCCACGCCGCGGUCCGAAAAAGAGCUAUUGCGCGCGGCAAAGAGCGAGCUGCUUUCGGGCCUGCAAUCGCUGCCAGUGCCCAAAAAUGAUUUUGAGGUGGUCGUCGACGGUGCGCCGCACGUUGAGACGUUGCCGUCGCCGUCGCCGUCGCCUCUUGUGGAAGAUGCAGCGGUGCGCGACGAGCGCCUUGCACAAGCUGCACAAGAAGAAGCGGAACGUGCAUUUAAGCGCCGCACACAAGUCGUCCAGCAAGGACUUCCGCGCCCUGUCCAAGUCGAUCCGCACCUUGCCGACGCAUUUGCAGCAUUCUGUUCGCACGAUCCGGCACAAAAGCUCGUCGAUGAGGAAAUCGUCGCGCUCAUCCAGGACGAUGCACGUACAUUUCCCCUCCCUGGCGCGCGCCACGGUGUAGCAAAGAGCGCGCUUCCCGUGCUUCCAGAUAGCCUUCUUGACGAGGCGCGCACACAGACGCAUGCUGAGCUUGCCGCCUCGCUUGGCUUUCCCGGCGCCCGCCCCAAUGCGCUUCGGCCGCUGCUCAGCGCACAGCUAGAGACGGAGGAUGCAGCGCUUGCCAAGGCAUUAAAGGAUGCACGCGCUGCUACUGCAUGGAGCGUCGAGCACCAAGCUUGGGUACCAAAAGACACGAUGGACGAGCGUGCGAUUGUGCAUGGCAAAGCUGCGCUCCUUGCACAUGAGCGUGCCGUGAUGGAAUCCGAGGCGAGCGCCGCGGCCAAAGGCGAAAAGACGCUUGAAAAACUGCUGGGUGGGUACCAAGCGCGCUCUAAGACGCUCGCUGGCAAGAUUACCCAAGCUGCGGCGGAAUUGGCCGAGGCGCGCAUACGGCAUACUGCGUUUGCACGUCUUGCCCUGGGCGAGGAAGCCGCUGCGACAGACAGGCUCGACCGGAUCAAGGAGGCCGUCACGCAGCUCCAGAUUGGCGAAGGCGUCGCACAGCGCGAAUUCAAAGCGCUGGAUGAAGAGCGGCGAGCGGCACAGGAAGCGUACGAGACGCUGCAAACCGAGGUCGAGAUGCGCCGCGCGGAGCAGGCGCUCAUGGCAUGA